ACAUGCUGAUUUCAUAUGCAAAUUGUAGGUUCUAUCAAAAAAGAUUCGUGGAUUACAAUGACAGCCCGAAUUAAGGUUUGAGUCUAUUCACUUUUGCUCUCUUGUCCUUCAACUGAAUGAGAAAAGAAUUAGACGAGUUUAAUUGUUCUCGUCGAAACUAACUCUGUAACUAUGGACGAGCUUUUCCUGGGUGAUCCCGAUCAGUUCGCCGACUUCCGCUCAAAAGUGGACAACUCAGAAGAUGGCCAACUACCUGCCGAACUGUCUUCUAUUGAAGACCUUCUUCCUUCGUGUGACUCUUUAGACAGCGGACUGAGUAGUCAAGGAGAACUACACAAGGUGGCCAAUGAAUUGCAGACUGAGAAUGUGGAAGAUCCUUUAACUGGGUUAGUAGACUACGACCACACUCCAGAAGCAGAGCCAAUGGUCGAAACAGAUGACCAAAUGUUUAAUCACAAUCAAGAUGUAAAUGAAUCUUCUGAAGAAUUUCCUACCAUGAAUGGACUCGAAUUUCAGUCCAAAGACUCCAUAGAAUUGAAAAAACAGACACUAAAAGAAGGUCAUGCGGAUCUAAAUGGCUCCACUGAAGACGCAAAUACAAGUUAUGAUUCGUUAAGUGAGGUAAUCUCUGCCCUGGAAAAUGAAUCCAAAAAUCAAGAGAAAGAAAUGCAAUCCAUUAAUGAAGCAUUGCAGGACCAAAUGGAAGGUCUUACUGAUAUAGAAUCCCCAGUGAAAACGACAAAUGAAGUUACAGUUGUUGAAAAUCCUCUGAAUGAUGCAACCAAGGAAGAUAACGACAGUGAGUCACCAUUGAGUGGAACUCAAUCCGAAGUAGAUGCAGGUCCUCAAAUUGAAAGUUUCGAUGAAGAUUUUCUAAAAUCAGUUGAGAAUCAAAACUCUAACGAUAAUACAACUGAAGAUGAAGGCGAGAAAGAACAAACGAGUACUGAAGGGAUAGAUGGUGGCCAAAACUUGACUAGUGGACAAGAAAGAAAUCUAAAUUCAGAAGACAAACAGGAUAAUGAAACCACUGAAAAAGUCGACCAUAUGGAUCAAUCGGAACGUUCUGCUAUGAAUAGCAUCUCGAAAUCUACAGAUGAAAUUUCUCCAGACGAGAAUUCAGUUGAGGAAGCCAAUGAUAUGAGUGAAAAUAAGGCAGAAAAUCAAGAUGGCGUCAAAAAGGAGAGAAAAGAUAGUGAUGAGGAGGAUAUGGAGGUUAAUGAGUCACAAAAUGAAGUCGACAAAGAUGAUGAAGCUGACGAAGACGAUGACGAGUGCGAAUUAGAUCUCUCACUGUCACAGAUUUCAGAGAGAACUAAACUUGUACAAUUUUUGACCCGGGACUCUGACGACGAGGAUUUGGACACAAUCUCACCGAGAAAGAAAAGACCCAAAAUUAUUGAAGAAGAUGAUGAUUAUGAAGAUGAGGACGACGAAGAUUACGAUCCGAAUAAUGAGGAAGAACAAGAGUUGGAUUUGUCAAUGAAGACGAAGAAAAAACUAGACGAGAAGGUAGCUGCAAAAAUUAAGCAGGGUAAGCUUGUUAAACAAGAGCCAGAAGAAGAUGGAGAGGAAGAGACGGGUCCAGAGCCGAUUGAUUUUUCCUUUGUUCCCUCAAAGGCCAGAGGUGGAAGCAAUCUCAUCAUAGGUGGCUAUAGAUUCAAACGUAACCGAACCACCCCACGGGCUGUGUAUUUUAAAUGUGUUCACGUGGAGUGUAAAUGUCACGUGACCACCGACCCAGAUGUCACUGUCAUCAUCAGGAACCAAGAUUCACACACACACGAUCCAGAUCUGCAGCAGAUUGAGGAGCAGAAAUUCAGACAACAGUUGUUUGACAAGAUUGACGCCGAUCCCAAUUUGGCACCGCGUGAUUUAUACACUAGUGUAGUGCAGUCAUGGGAACUGCAUAAUGAUUUUCUUCCUCCAGAGUAUAACAAAAUCAGAAGCUCCCUACACCGUAGAAGGAACAUGCUGCUGGCACCUCUCAAGGAUCCAGAUGCCGAACUUAGGAACCCAGUAGUGUGCACGUUUCUCUCACGCAAACAGAAAAGGCCGAAGUAUAUGCAGACGGACUUCGCAAUAAUCCCGUCUAAGGCCAGAGGGGGCACAAAUCUGAUCGUGGACGGAUUCCGCUUCAAGCGCAACAGGUCUACUCCAAAGUCUAUCUACUUCCUCUGUGUGGAGGUGGGCUGCAAAUGUCACAUCACCACAGACGCGCAACUGACGAUCAUAGUGAGAAAUGAGAACAACCACACCCACGAGCCAGACCUCAUCUACCUGGAGGAGCAACACUUCAGAAGAGAACUGUAUGCCAAACUGGAUCUGGAUCCAACGAUGCAACCCAAAAUGAUAUACGACAGUGUGGUCCAGGCCUGGGAACUGACCAACGACCUCAUUCCCCCCGUCUACUCCAAGAUUCGAAACACUUUGAUCAGACGGAGGAACAGACUGCUGGCGCCUUACCCAGACUCAAAGCUUCCUAAUGGUACUAUUAACAUGACUGCGGAGAACUUGCAUCUUUUACUGAAUAGAAAAGUGUGCACGUUUGUAUUUUCACUGCCCAGGCAUCGAAGAGUAUGUUUGGCAUUCGCAACACCGAAACCUAACUUCAAACAGGAACAUUUAGCUGUUCCGAAGCCCCCUACAGCCGGCAAAUCGCCGGCAACCAAGAAGAAGAGUUCACCGAAGAAGCCCAAAAUCAGUCCGGCAGCUGUAGUUGGAGAAGGAGCUCAGAAAAUUGUGCAGCCUAAUCGAAAAGUGCAACAGCAGCCUCGUAAAAGUGUUAUCCAACCUCCAGAACUAAUGCCACCUACAAAACAGGAGUUCGUUCAAAACAAUUUCCUGAACGGCGGUGUACAACAAGUGCGUGAAGUAUUCCAGGCACCUUCAAUUACAAACAUACAAGCGUCUCUGAAUAACAUCCAGAACUCCCUUAGUAAUUUGCAGAACUCAAACUCUCGCAAUACCGUGCAACCAUCUCCGGACAACAGUAUCCAGGUCUCACAUGGAAACUUCCAGCAGCAGCAACAGCAGCAGCAACUCUCAAGGAAUAUUAUCCAGCAGAAUAGAAGUAUAAUCCAACCUUCGCCAGAUAGACUGCAGAACCAGAUGUGCAAAAACACUACUCGGCAGCUAUCUGAAAAUAUCCAGCCGCAGAGAGACUUGAUUCGGGAAAACAUUCAACCGUCUCUCGAUCUCAUCCGGGACAACAUCCAGCCUCUCCGCAACAACUUGCAACCGGGCUGUGGAAAUUUCCAGCAGCAGCAGCAACAACAACAACAACAGCAGCAGCAGCCUUGUGACAAUAAUAUACAACCUGCCGCUUCUUUCAACGAGAUUCGCAACUCGUUUGACAACAUUCAACAGCAAGCCAGUCUUCAGCAGAACAAUCUGCAACACCACGUGGGUUUGCACCAGCAAUAUUUAUGGUAUUAGUUAGUAGCUCAACUAAACUUUUUUUACGUUUCUUAUUUGGAAAAUGUGCGAACUUGACGUAACUUUUCUAUAUUUUGAGUCGCAAUCCGUAUUCUAAUUAGUCGACUGUCCACCAGUUAUGAAAUAAUGGGGCUAUUCCGACUUCAAUUUGAUAAUGAGCUAAAUUGAUCAAAUUGUGAUGUAAUUUAAACCUUGAGCAGUUUUCCAAGUCUCUAAAUUCUAUUCUUUUUAGAUCCUUUUCUGAAUGAAUUGUGCUUUUAAGGCUCCUGUCUGGUGUUUAAUGGGGUCGGAUUUGCUCUCCUGAUUUUAUGCAUGUAUGGAUUGCUUCCUUCAAUUCACUUGAACUUUGGAAUUUUUAUCCAAUUGUUAGUUUUUGUGGUGAGGACCUCAGUAAAACGCGAAGGAGCCAACUAUUUUGUAUGUUCUAUAAUAAUGAUUACUUUUCUCUGAAUUGCAUUGCAUAUUUAUAACAAAUAGAAUACUAGUCAAUAAUAUUUAAGAAUGUUCUCUCGACAA